GCGAAGAUCUGAGCGAGGGAGCCGGGGUAGAUGUGGCUGACACGACGUCCUGCUCGACGGUACACAAAACACGGAGAUCCAUGAAUUUUGUGAAUGUGCGAUUGUAUGGAUAUGCGUGUCUGCAGAUCUCAGCCUCAUCUCCUCGCUAUCAUCUCGCUGUGGCUGCACCUGCUCGUCAUGAUGCGACGCAUCCACUCUGCAGCUGCAGCAUCGAGGCUCUCUCCGUCCUUCGUCGCCUCUGUCCCUGCCUUUCGCCGACCCUUGAGCACGUCGUCCAUCCUGCGAGCGACCGGAUCCGAUGGCACGCAGGCUCUUCUUUCAUCAUUCCUCGAGAAGGGGGAGACUCCGCUGGAGGUAUCGGUGAUCGAGGCAAAAAGAUGGCUUGAGAGUGAAGACCCGCCCAUUGUGCUCGACAUUCGGGAGCCUUUCGAAUGGCAGAUGGCCAAGCUUAAGCUCAAGAAGCGAGGCAGCAGCGAUGAAGACGCAGAGGGCCUUGAGGCAGAGCGGGGGAGCGAUCAUGACGGUGUGCAUGCCAAGGAGAACGGCGUGUACUACGUGCCGAUGCGGGAGGUGGGGGCGUGGGUGUCGGAGCUGGACCAUCCUGACCGGCCGAUCCUGGUGCUGUGCCACCACGGGAUGCGGUCGAUGAUGAUCACUCAGGCGCUGAAGCCUCUUGGGGCCAAGGUGUGCAAUGUGCAGGGAGGCAUAGACCAGUGGAGUGUGGUGGUUGACCCCGAUGUGCCCAGAUACUGACUGACACACCGACUUGACUUCGUGUGGACAGAGUGUUUUGACGACUGGCUGAAGUUUUUGGCUGUUCAGGGGAUACAUGUAUGUGUGUACAGCCGAUGUUGCAUGAAGGUGUGCAGAAGGUGAC